CUUAUUCAUCAACAUUAGAGCGCAAAACAGUUUGGAUAAAGCAAAAUUCUAAUUCGAAUUCGAAUUCGGAACCCGAGAUUUGACAUUGAUGAUACCCCUUUUCACAUUAUUGUUGUUGGAUAAGAGUACAACUUUCUAUUACGAGUUUUCUUAUCUCUUCAUAUUGUUCUUCGCUUGAUUUUUUUUUUUUUUUUUUGAUAGGUUUUUGUUAUCUUGCAAAAAUGCUGGCAACUUCAGCAGCUUCAACUCCUACCAAUUCCUAUUCUUUAACUAUCAAUCCUAUCUCUAACAACAAUGUUAAGAAACCCAGAAAACAUAAACCAAGAUACAAUAACCCACAUCUAACUAAUCCUAACAAAGGCAACAAUCUUUCAUUUUUAGCUUCAUCUUCAACCCCACUUCUUCCAAUCAAACAAAUCCCAGAAAAUCAAACUAGAAUUGAAGCUCUUGAUGCAGUUAUUCGUGAUCUUGAAGAAGCAAGACUCAAAAAUGGCAUCAUUGUUGAUACUCAAACUUAUUGUUCACUUCUUGAAACUUGCUUCCGAUUGAAGGCCGUUGAUCAUGGGAUUCGAAUUCACCGAUUAAUCCCACAAAAGAUUUUGAGCAAAAAUGCUGGGGUUGUGUCAAAAUUGCUUAGGUUGUAUGCCACUAAUGGCCGUAUUGAGGAAGCACACCAACUGUUUGAUGAAAUGCCUAGGAGAGAUGACUCUGCUUUUGCUUGGAAUUCUCUUAUUUCUGGGUAUGCUGAGUUGGGUUUGUUUGAGGAUGCUCUUGCAAUUUACUUUCAGAUGGAAGAAGAGGGUGUUGAGCCUGAUAGUCAUACUUUUCCUCGAGCUUUGAUGGCUUGUGGUGGAAUCGGGUCGAUUUGUGUUGGGGAGGAAUUACAUAGACAUGUUGUUCGAUAUGGAUUUUUCGAUGAUGUGUUUGUGUUGAAUGCUCUUGUAGACAUGUAUGCUAAAUGUGGUGACAUUGUGAAAUCUAGGAAAGUAUUUGACAAGAUUGUUUACAAGGAUUUGGUUUCGUGGAAUUCGAUGAUCCUAGGCUAUCUUAACCAUGGAUUAUUAACAAAGGCAAUGGAGAUAUUCCAUGACAUGCUUAAUGCUGGAUAUGAGCCCGAUCAUGUUACCAUAUCAACAGUUGUCUCUAGGACUUCAUCGUUGAAAAUUGGAGGCCAAAUGCAUGGUUGGGUACAUCGUCGAGGUCUAGAAUGGAGUUUGCCUAUCACAAAUUCUCUGAUUGUUUUUUACUCCAAUCAUGGCCUUUUGGAUCAAUGCAGGUGGUUGUUUUCCCACAUGCCAGGAAAGGAUAUUGUCUCAUGGAAUUCGAUCAUAUCUGCUCAUAAAAAUAAUGUUCGAGCAUUAACAUAUUUUGAGCAGAUGGAGAACACUGGUGCAACACCUGACGCAAUCACAUUCGUUGCUCUGUUAUCAGCUUGUGCACAUCUAGGUUUGGUAAAUGAAGGGGAGUCUUUCUUCUCACAGAUGACAGACGAGUAUGAAAUCACCCCGAUAAUGGAGCAUUAUGCUUGUUUGGUAAACCUUUACGGAAGAGCAGGGUUGAUACAUGUAGCUUAUGACAUUAUAACAAGGAAAAUGGAGUUUGAGGCUGGUCCAACAGUAUGGGGAGCUUUGCUGUAUGCUUGUUUCCUACAUGCCAAUGCAGAAAUAGGCGAGCUUGCUGCUCAGCAUCUUUUUGAUCUGGAACCCGAUAAUGAGCAUAACUUUGAAUUGCUAAUAAGGAUUUAUGACAAAUUGGGUCGAUCAGAUGAUUCUGAAAGAGUGAGAACAAUGAUGGUAGACAGAGGUUUAGACUCAUAGAUAGCAUGAAAAUUUGACUGCUUUAAACUCUCGGAUGAUGAUGGUAGACACAGGUAUACCUGAACCUCCCCUCUAGUUUCUCAGCCUAAGUAACCGUCCUGAUACCGGAGAGAAUUCCGAUCCACGGAAACGUACUCACUGAAUGUUGCUUGCAGGAAGAUCAUUGUUGCAGGUUGUUUUCUUCUUUUAUUACUACUAUUACAAAGUAUCAUACUUCAUUGCUUGUAACACUGAAACUGUACAUAAUUGGCAAGUUGCUAAGAAAGUCUAUAUUAAUAAGAUGUGAUUGUUGUAUGGGA